AUGAUUCUGUGGCUAACUGGAAAUGCUUUUCCCCUUGUCAGUGGGAGUCGGUCUUCAAAAACAUUCAAGCCAAAGAAAAACAUUCCUGAAGGAUCCCACCAGUAUGAGCUCCUCAAACACGCGGAGGCUACGCUGGGCAGCGGUAACCUCCGUCAGGCCGUGAUGCUACCCGAGGGGGAGGACCUUAAUGAGUGGAUUGCAGUGAACACUGUGGAUUUCUUCAACCAGAUCAACAUGUUGUAUGGGACCAUCACAGAGUUCUGCACGGAGAGCAGCUGCCCUGUCAUGUCUGCGGGGCCCAGGUACGAGUACCACUGGGCAGAUGGCACCAACAUCAAGAAACCGAUAAAGUGCUCGGCUCCCAAGUACAUUGAUUACUUGAUGACAUGGGUGCAGGACCAGCUGGAUGACGAGACUCUCUUCCCUUCCAAGAUCGGCGUCCCCUUCCCCAAGAACUUCAUGUCAGUGGCAAAGACUAUCCUGAAGCGGCUGUUCCGGGUCUAUGCCCACAUCUACCACCAACACUUYGACUCAGUGAUGCGGCUGCAGGAGGAGGCCCAUCUCAACACCUCCUUCAAGCACUUUAUCUUCUUCGUGCAGGAAUUCAACCUGAUUGACAGGCGGGAGCUGGCUCCACUGCAUGAACUGAUUGAGAAGCUUGGCUCCAAGGACAGAUAAAUCAUACCUGGGAGGACCCUUUCGGCCACUCCUUUUCUGCUUCUUCUUCAGCCACCUCUGCGCUUGGCUUCAGUGACACCGGACGGCACCGAGUGGCCUCACUCCUGCUGUGCAGUCCCCAGUUGGCUUUUCUUGCUCAAGUCUGGCCACAACUGUGGUCUGGGUGGAGGUGGAGCAGGUUUUGUUCUGCACAGGGCAACAUUCCAGAUGCCGCACAGCUAAUUUCUGUUUCCAGAGUUCCCCUCUGGCCUCUACAGCCUGAGAGCCACCCAACUGGGGCAAGCCCAGAAUGGCUCAGCUUAUUUUUUGAAGUGCUUUUUUUUUGGAUAAAAGAGGUGCAUUUUGGCCCAGACUCUUAAGCUCCCCAUGGCAACAGCAGUGGGGGGGUGAGGAGGAGAAGUGCCUGGCCUAAGGGGGGGCUGUCCCUGUGUCUGGGUGGGAGGAGCAGCUCUGGAAUGUCCCACGCAGGGGGGGCAAGGGAGGGACCCUCCUGUGUGGCAAGGCAAUAAUAAAGUUUUUUCCUGCUCUUCUUUCA